AGUCCAAAGGCCUUGUUUCUCUGCUGUGUAAGCUCCAAUGCAGACAUUAAUUACAAAAUUAAAAAAUCAAGUAUACUCGUUUACCUUCCUCCGAUAUUUCCUUUCGAUGCUUUUUUCUUGAAUUGUGGACCACUUCAAACAUUCAUAUUUUGGAUUACGCUCGCGGUCUGCUAUCGUUUAAUAGCAGACAGGAAAAUACAAAAUGGCAAUUUUUUUAACGACGUGUUUUUUUAUUUUGAUAUCUGUGCAACAGGCCGAUUUAUCCGGUGUGUUUGAGUUGAAAGUACACUCUUUCACAGCCACGAGCAGUGUGUGUAAACAGUCCAGAGACUGUCAGAUAUUUUUCCGUGUUUGCCUGAAGCACUCGCAGGACGUCAUUUUACCUGAGCCGCCGUGCACCUAUGGCACUGGAUUGACAGGAGUAUUCAGCGCAGACCAGAGCUCCAUCUCCAGCAGUGCGCCUAUCAAGGUUCCGUUUAAUUUUAAGUGGCCGGGAACUGUCUCGUUGAUAAUUGAAGCAUGGAACGCAGAAUCCUCCUCUGAACAGUCAACAGAGAAUAUGAACAAUAUGAUCAGCCGUUUGGCCACCAAAAGAAGACUCGCUAUUGGGGAGGACUGGUCCCAGGAUGUGCAUCUUGGAGAGCGAAGUGAACUGCGCUUUUCUUACCGCGUCGUGUGCGAUGAAUUUUACCACGGCGAGGACUGCUCGGAUUUCUGCCGGCCACGGGAUGACGCGUUCGGCCACUUCAACUGCGAUGCCGCCGGCACUAGAAUUUGCUUGACUGGAUGGAAAGGCGAAUAUUGCGCUGAACCCAUCUGCUCAUCUGGCUGUAGCAAGGAGCACGGUUAUUGUGAGGCCCCCGGUGAGUGCAAGUGCCGCCUCGGGUGGCAGGGGCCCCUCUGCGAUGAGUGCCACCGAUACCCGGGAUGCUUGCACGGCACCUGCAGCCAGCCCUGGCAGUGCACUUGCAAGGAGGGAUGGGGCGGCUUGUUCUGCAACCAGGAUCUGAAUUUCUGCACCAAUCACAAGCCCUGCGUGAAUGACGCCACCUGUACCAACACUGGCCAGGGCAGUUACACCUGUACCUGCAGGCCCGGCUUCAGCGGCACAAACUGCGAGAUUGAGACCAAUGAGUGUGACAGCAACCCGUGCAAGAAUGGAGGCAGCUGUAAUGAUCUGGUGAAUGAUUACUCCUGCACAUGCCCUCAAGGCUUCUAUGGGAAGAACUGCGAGAUCAGUGCAAUGACCUGUGCUGAUGGACCCUGCUUCAAUGGAGGAACAUGUAUGGAGAAGGGAUCUGGUGGCUACUCCUGUCACUGCCCAACUGGUUACAUGGGCUCCAACUGCGAGAAGAAGAUUGACCGGUGCAGCAGCGACCCCUGUGCCAACGGUGGCCAGUGUCUUGAUUUGGGUCACAGCCUGAUGUGCCGCUGUCGCUUUGGCUUCAAAGGCUCGCGUUGUGAAAUAAACAUUGAUGACUGCGCACGCAACCCAUGCUAUAACGCCGGGACCUGUGUGGACGGCAUCAACGACUACACCUGCACAUGCACGCUUGGUUUCACAGGCAAGGACUGUAACAUCCGUGCUGAUGCCUGUAGCAUAAUGCCAUGUGAGAAUGGAGGGACCUGCUACACCCACUUUUCUGGACCCGUCUGUCAGUGCCCACCAGGCUUCAUGGGCACACAGUGCGAGUAUACAGAGAAGCCCACUCUUUUCCCAGCUCCCUUAGUGGUUUCAUUUACUCUGGGCCUCAUCACAUUCACCCUUGUGGUCUGCGCUGCCACUGUGGUCUUGAGACAGAUGCGACAAAACCGCAAAGCCACCUCAACUACUGUGCGCAACGACUUGGAGACGGUCAACAACCGCACCUCUUUAACCUCCAACUCAACGUUAGGCUUUAAAGAGAAGGAGGCCUUUCUUAUUCCUGGUGGUCCUUAUAAGGUGUCCAAUAAGGAUGUGGCACUCGGCUCCACCGUUGUGGACACUCAUUCCGGUGACAAAUCAAAUUACAAGCAAAAGAUGGUGGACUACAAUUUGACUAUAGACGAAAAACACACAAACAACAAGCUUGAGCUGAAAAACUCAGAAUCAACAUUAUUGGUUCCCCCUUUGAACUAUCCGAAAGAGGGAUUAUAUCAUCCUGUAUACAUCAUUCCUGAACACAUGGAACAAUGUGUGUUUGCUACUGAGGUAAGCAUCUUCCAUUGUCAGCAUGUUCUCAAUGAAUUGCUUCUAAAGUACAUAAGCGAACAGCUUUCUUCUUGUUCUGUUCUCCUCCAGGUUUAACAGCACUCAUCAAUCUGGAACACCUCAAUCACCACUGGACCAAUGUGCCCAAAAAUGUUUACAGUCUGAAAGGACAAUAGGAGUGAAGAGAGUAUAUAUUCUAUCUACAUAUUUAUUUAUUCAUGCUGCUCAUUAAAAAUGACUACUUAUUGAUAUGGACAAUAAUUUUGCGAAGACAAAGCAGGAGCAUUUGCAUUAUUUGCACUAUUUUCUUUUCCUUUUUUAAUGUCCCAAAUACAAUGAUCUAUAUUUCAUCAUAUUUAAAUUGUACAUAAAGACCAAGAACUCUCUGGAAGAGCUGAGGAGAAUCAAGGAUUCAUAAAUUACCAAACGGCAAAUGCUUUAUCACUUGAGGCCUUUAAAAGGACAAAAACAAGUUUCAUCUCAAUCUACGUUUCACAAGAGGCCUUUCUUACCCAAUCAAUCAGCCUUUAAGGAGGUGUAACUGAAGAAUGUGGAAGUCUGACCAUGGAGUGUAUAUAUAUAUAUAUAUAUAUAUAUAUAGUUCGAAAUACUAUUCGUGAACAAUUAUGGAUUUGUGAUGAAAAGCAAUCAAAGUUAGUGAAACAAGCUGUUUUGGCUGUGAACAAUGUGAACAACAUUCUUGGGAAUUUACAGUUUAAAAUGACUGUGUAACCAAUAACUUUUACACAGUUUUUAGUGCCUACAAUGGAUUUGACUAUCAAUGAUGUUCACUUUGACCAAACUCAGACUUUACUAAGUGCCUCCUCUUUCAAUGUGCUAUAACCCAUUGAUAGCCCAAUGAAAAGGGUACUCCUUAGAAACACUGAAAACUAUUUGUAGUUUGAUAUUUGCUAUGCCUAUUUAAAAAUCUCUCUAGGAGUAUGUUUUUCAGCAAUACAUGUUUUGAUUGUCUUGGGUACAAAUUGUUUAAACAACAGCACAUGAUGGAUGCUGUGUACAACUUUCAUCCUGUCAACGUUCAGUGCUGCUAAGCUAUUUCCGACAUUCCCAAGGCUUGAAAGGGCCAGUUGGUUCAAACUGAUAGCCUCGUCAUUGUCAAGAUUUCCCGGUUUUGUGAACCUCUGCAUUGAAGUCUUUUUUUUCUUUUUUUUUUUAAAGAUCAAUAUUCUUAACGGAGUAGAUUUUUUUUUAUGUGGCAUUUGUUUCUCAAUAUUUUCUCUAAACCAUUUAAACCAAAAUAGAUGAUACUUUUAUAUUUUAUACUGUCAUUCUUAAUUUAACAAUGCAAUAUUGUACAAAACCUUGAGAUUUUCCUACUAUUUAAUUUGAUUGUAAAUAACUUGUAUUUAUAAAAGAGAAAUGUAUAUAUGUUUAUGUGAUGUGCCUGUCACAAAGUCAGAAAUAUAUA